GUCAAGAGAUUAGACUCAGAGCAAGGAAAUAAAAGGGUCAUGAGGCUCAUCACAUGCCUGCCCAUUUUGGUUCUCUGGGGAAUAAAUAGCGCUGAAAGCUGUCCUGAUAAUUGCAGGUGUACUCAGAAAAAAAGUCCUGAAAGAUCUGAAGUCAACUGCCAAAAGAGAGGAUUUUCUACAUUCCCAUCCAAUCUCCCUAUGGAUACAUGGGUUUUGAAAAUGGGGGAAAAUCGAUUGGAAGAUAUUCGUCCAAAUAUUCUUAGUGUGACUCCAAAUAUUGAGAGUGUAAACCUUGAACGCAAUGUGAUCAAAUCAAUCCAUCCUCAAGCUUUUACUGGUGGGAAGAAAUUGAUGCUUCUGAACUUGUAUGGAAAUCAGAUCAGCAAAUUACCAUCGAAAGGUUUCAAAGACCUCCUCAGUUUACGCUUCCUUCUUUUGGGACAGAAUCAGAUUGCCACUAUCAAAUCAGAUAUGUUCACUGGCAUGAGAAACCUAUCAGAUCUUGACCUUCCUCUUAACUCUCUAACGGCACUCCCCCCCAGUGGUUUCAAACCAUUAAUUGCUCUCAAGGUACUGGACUUGGCUUUGAAUAAGAUUCAGAAAAUAUCCCGCAAAGCUUUUGUUGGCCUCCAAGAGCUACUCUUCCUGAACUUAGACAACAACAAUCUGAAGAACAUCCCUAUUGGAACUUUCAAGCCAUUGACUGGGCUAGAGAUGCUAGUUCUGGAUCAUAAUCAUCUCACAACACUCACAUCCUCCACAUUUGAAGGCCUGUACAAUCUGCAGGAGCUGUACCUCAGGAACAAUGAGAUAGACAAGCUGCCAGCAGAUGUGUUUAGACACACACCAAAGCUCAUGCAGGUGGCUCUGAGCAGGAACAAGAUGCAAACUAUUGAUGGUAAUAUGCUAGCCAAUCUGCAGGGUCUGAAGGAAGUAUAUCUCCAUGAUAAUCCUUGGAUGUGUGACUGCAAUAUUAAUUCUCUGGUACACUGGAUAACUCAAGCAAAAGUUAACCAGUCGCCUUUAGAAAAAUUACAUUGUGUUGGCCCAGAGGAAUUCCGUGAAAAACCACUCCACUCUUUGACAUCUCAGAGCCUUCACUGUACAGUUUAGAGAACCUAUGUGCUGUUUCAUAGUUCACAUACCCCUAAAAACAAAUAUAGAGGUGUAUGAUUUCAUAUUAAUUACUUUGCUUUAUCUGCUAUUACUUCCUUUACAAUGGGAUGUUAAAAUGUAAUUUUGCUUAAAAUGCUAUCUUACAAUGCUGUCUUCAUGUAUGUGUUUUUGUAAAACCAGCUUAAAAUGAGUUUUAUAUAUAUAUAUAUCUUGAUCUCUGUAUUGGCUUGCUAGUGACAUUAGUGACAUUUUAUUGCUUGGUAGCACUGUGGAACAUCUUGACACUUUCUUAUCUAAUUACUUUAAAAUAAUAACAUGUAUUAUGGCCUUCUGACAGAUUAUGGAACUGUAUGACUUGAAGGGAGUAAAGAAGGGGUUACAACCAA